CUGAUUGGCCGGCUCUGCUCUCCAGUUACCCGGAUAAACGUUGGCUAUAUUUUGGGGACAAUCGAAGGCGGAGGUUGUAGUUCAAACCGACAGUCGGUGCUCGGCUCCGAGAAACUCGAUUUGUGCAGCGUCAGAAAUUUAUUUGUAGAUUUUAAAUAUGGCUGGCGGUAAAGCGGGCAAAGACUCCGGGAAGACCAAGACGAAAGCUAUUUCGCGCUCGCAGAGAGCAGGGCUGCAGUUCCCGGUGGGUCGUAUCCACAGACACCUCAAGUCCAGAACCACCAGCCACGGCAGAGUGGGAGCGACCGCGGCCGUCUACAGCGCGGCUAUUCUCGAAUACCUUACGGCCGAGGUGCUGGAGCUGGCAGGAAAUGCGUCCAAAGAUCUUAAAGUGAAGCGUAUCACCCCGCGCCACUUGCAGCUGGCCAUCAGAGGAGACGAGGAGCUGGAUUCACUCAUCAAGGCCACGAUCGCUGGUGGAGGUGUGAUCCCUCACAUCCACAAGUCUCUGAUCGGAAAGAAGGGCCAGCAGAAGACCGUAUAACCUGCCGUCCUCCGGAAGUUUGCAUCAUGUGGUUCAAUGUCUUUAGAUUAGAACACCUUUUAGGAUUUGAUUUGUAUUGAGCUUGCAUUUACUCACCCUGGGGUAUUUUUUAAAAAGUGGCUUCAGAGAAGCUCAAUUUUUUGUUUUCCAGUGCUGCAGUUUUUGUGUUGAAACUUGCUUUUGUGGCGUUCCCAUGUUUAAAGUGGUGUUUUAAUAAAGCUCUUAUUGGGCAUUUGCAGUUUGUUCUUUCAGUUCCUGCAUUCUCAUGGGCUUCGGUUCUGUUCUCAUUUCUACACCAGGUGUUCGGUUGACUACUCCAAUGUGGAUGGUGUAAAUUUAUUUUAUGGCUUUAUUUGUCUGAAUCAUCCCAGUUCAAAAGAAUCCACCUCCAGUCAACAAGACAAGCGGUUUGCAUGUGGAUAGUCAUGGCAUGCUUAGAACCAGCUCGAGCAUGGAAACUGUUUCAGCCUCAUGUGGGUGCAUGAACUGUAAAGCAUGUUUUCUAUCUGUUUACCACUGGACUGACACGAUCUGGGGGGGGGAAAGCCUGUAGUCACUUUUGGAUUCCUGAAUAAAGACUGGACUGGCACAGUCAGAACAUUUUG